CUCCAUUGUGUGAAACUCGUUCAACAACCUGCGAACGCAUCUGUGUCCGUCUGAAUUCUCCUGCAAUCUGCAUGGUUCUGUUGUCCUGGUGAUGACUUAGGCAUAAUGUCUUUCCCGACUGCAAGCCCAAAACUACAAGCAGAGUUCCUCCGCUUCUUGGAACAGAGGCUCUCGAACGUGGAAUCUCAGCUGAGUAUCUCAGAGAAAGAAAGGGAGCAGCUGCGAGCCACACUGACGCAAACUGAGAAGAAGCUCGAGGUUUCCGAUGCUGCUUUGAGGGAACUGCGCAGGAAUGCUGCUGCUAUCGCAGAAGCACCGCAUAAGCCCGGCGAUGUUGCAGUCAGGAAUGAGCUCGAGCGUAUGUCACGUCCACUCUCCGAAGAAGAAGCGGUGAGUCGAGAGCGCUUGCCGGGCGUCUUUGCGCACCUCCAAGAUAGCGGGCAAGUUCUGAAUGAGACUAUAGAGGAGAUGCAGUCCACGGACAUAUUGCUCGCGAGAUUGCGUACUGAAAUGGUGGACGUGGAGAAAGCCCGUGCUGAGGCACUAGCUGAUCGCGACACCGCGAUUGCCGCUGAGAAGGAGUGUCGACAGCAGCUCAAAACAGUCACAGCGGAGCUGGCCGCAGCGAAGAAGACGUCAUUGACACUGUCAAGCAUACCCAACUCCGGCCAAGCUGGUACUUCUAGCGAUUUGAAGUAUGAUGGUGGGAAAGCUGAGUUCGUGGAAUUCAAUGACAAGAUGCGAGCUUUACCUGGUCCUAACCAAAUAAUCGAUUUGUCGAGCCUUGUGCCCGUCAGUCUCAAGACACUCAGUGAUCAAUCGAGGCUUGAGGAGCUCUAUCUUUCAGAUGUGCUCAAUACCGAAGACGUCAUGAUUUUCGAAGGCCAGACCAUAGUGUGGCUUCCCGGUUCUUGCCAUGCCCUCCAGGUCGGUCCCAUGUACCAGUACGAUAACCGUGCUCGUGUCGACAACAAGUGGUCGGUGGGCCCUAGGAUCCGGUCGAUGGGCACGGUUGAGUUCUUUCAUUCCUAUAUGAGCGAAAUCUACUACGUCGGCACGUAUCGGGCGGUGGAGGGUCCUCAAGACGUUCGGCUCACAGACAUUGGAGAUACAUCUUUCGUGCGGAGCCCAGCGGAUGGUUUUGCUACUUUGCUUGCGGUCAAGACCGCGUCCUUGGUACCGGAGAGAAAUCAUGUGGCCAUGACCCUUCCCGAGAUGUAUCGGAAAGGCGUCAUGAGAUUGCAGGUCACCGGCCUUCAGUGUGUAGGCUUCAAUCACCGCCUCGAUGCAGAGUUGCACCGAAAGAGUCUGCCUCCGGAUGAAGCCCUACCCGACAACGUCCCCGAGGCGAGUGGAUCCACUUCGAAACGCAAACGGACUAGUCUAUCGCCGAAUGAUGAUUCCGAUCUGGGGCAAGGGACAGAUGAGCCGGCGCGCAAGGAAGCCAGAGUAGCAAUGUAAUGGGGGCGCUACGGUGGCCCUCGAUGAAACGUACGUUCGUGCAGUGUAAUGUGGAUGUGUUGAAACCAUGCAGAUCCGUGCUGCAUAAGCACACCUUGUAUUGCGC